AAAGAGAGGGGCGAGCAGCAGGAAAGUCUGGAAAAGAGAAUUUAAUUAGGUAGGGGGCCUAAGAUAGACAAAGUACGUAAAUCACAGUUGGCUUUUGCUUCGAUAAGUCGUUUUCGAAUAUUAAAGAUUGAAUUAAAUUAGAUGGCCAAAAGAAAAGAAAAACAUCAACGUCAUUCCUCUGCUUCUUCUUCUAUGUCUCAGCGUAAUCCCUCCAUAUUCAUUGUCGCUCUGUCGUCUCACCCACAGCUAUCACUCUGAAACGAUUCAUUUUCUCUUUCUUUUUUCUUUCGUUGUUCUCUGGUUCUGAAUCUCUGCUGUCGUUUAAUUAAUGCGAUUUCUCUCUCUUGGCUCGCUUUUUUUGGGGUUUCUUGGAGAGGGAAGAGAGAGGGAUGCGAUUUGCCCGAAGGGAAAAAAGAAAGAGCCAAUAAGUUGUCAGAAACUUGGUCAUUAACAAAUAUAUUUUUCUUUAUUCGGCUUUGUAAGAGUAAAGCAAAGCAUGUACCACACUCGGUCUCUCUCAGUCCACCACUUUCAAAUAGCUCAGCCCCAUUUACUUUGCCUUUCAAUUAUCGACUCCCCUCUUGUUCCUAUUCUGAUCUUUUCUUAGUCGUCUCUGAUCCCGAGCAGCCCUUUUCCUUUUUCGCCCCUUUUCCUUUCUCCAGGACCCAUUUGUGUUUGUUUCCCGAGAAUCGAAAAACCAAUUUAUAUUUAUUUCAGAUUCCCCCAAUUCCCUUUUUUUUUCUUUUCAAUUAGCCGCGUACUGCAGAAACUCCCCAUCCCCUUUUCUUUAUUUCUUUCUUUUAACUACCUAAGCAAUCGAAAACAGAGAAAUCAGUGCUCUGCCCCAUUUGAUUUUGAAAGUCUUGGUAAAGAGGAGGCUUGUUUUGUUCUCAACAAAUCAAGAACCGAGAGACAAAGGGAAAGUCGUUCGAUUGUGCAAUUAAUUUUUAGGAAAUCUUUUGCUGUUUCAUUAAUAUGGCAUCCACUAAACCUGUGGGUGGAACCUACUUGUUUGUUUUGUUGUAUGCAGAGUAAAAGAGGGAGGAAGAUGUUUACAUGCAUAGCAUGUACGAAACAGACAGACGAGGGGGGAGAGGAUGGGGGAGGUGCGCGUGGGAGUGGCACGCCGAGUACAAAGGAAGCCGUCAAAAGCCUGACAACGCAGAUAAAGGAUAUGGCGUUGAAAUUCUCUGGUGCUUAUAGGCAGUGCAAGCCCUGUACUGGCUCCAGUAGCUACAAGAAAGGACAGCGACCUUACCCAGAUUUCGACACUGCUUCAGAAGGGGUGCCAUAUCCCUACAUAGGAGGGGCAAGUGCGAGUUCGACACCUGCCUGGGACUUCCCCCCGGUCAAUCGCCACCCACACCCAAGAUCUGACUCAAGAUUUAAAGGGGUUUUCAGAGGUGACCAGACCCCUGGAGCCGAUUCCACCAUUUCGGCGUGUGACGUGGUGCUUGAGGAUGAGGAUGAGCCCAAAGAGUGGAUGGCACAGGUGGAGCCUGGUGUUCACAUUACUUUUGUGUCCCUACCCAAUGGCGGCAAUGAUUUAAAACGGAUUCGUUUCAAUCGAGAAAUGUUCAACAAAUGGCAAGCUCAGCGAUGGUGGGGCGAGAACUAUGACAGAAUAACGGAGCUCUACAAUGUCCAGAGAUUCAACCAACAAGCUCUUCAUACGCCACCAAGAACUGAGGACGGGAGGGAUUCUUCUUACUCAAGAAUGGGACGGGAUAGUCCGAUGACUUCGGCGAACAAAGAUUGGACGCCGAGAAACUAUAAACCCUCUGGAAGUAAAGGUUACUUUCCAUCUGAUCAGCAUUUUGAUCAGGGAAGCAGUCACCAUUAUGCAGGAUCAAGCGCCUAUCCCGCAGGCAGCGCAAAAGGUGAUAUGUCAUCAAUGGAAGCAUCACGCACGACCACCUCUUCUAGAGAUGAACCUUCGGUUUCCAUUAGCAAUGCAAGCGACAUCGAGGCAGAGUGGGUCGAGGAAGAUGAACCAGGGGUGUACAUUACAAUCAGACAGCUUGUUGAUGGCACUAGAGAGCUUCGUCGCGUCAGAUUCAGCCGUGAACGGUUCGGGGAGGUGAAUGCGAAGCAGUGGUGGGAACAGAACAGGGAGAGAAUCCAAGCUCAAUACCUAUAAUUUAUUGAUGGCAGGAACAGAAACAGGUUUAAAUUACAGAGAGUUGAGGAGCACCUUCAUGUCCCAAAAAGGAGUUCCAAAAAUUUUGUCUUUAGAAAUGUAAUAUUUCUCAAAAAGCCAUCUCACCAACAGAUACAAAACCAAAUUUCUGAUUUUCCUAUCAGAAUUCUGCAAGCCAUUCUUUUAUUUUCUUCCAAGGCAGAUAUAUUUUCAUCCA